ACCUUGAAGUCUACUCCAUGUUUCAAAGGCUAGAGGAAAUGAACACGCAGACAGUGUUGGUGUCGUUUGAAGAUCUGGUUAUUGAGUUUACCCAGGAGGAAUGGAAGAUCAUGGACAAUGCUCAGAGGACCUUGUACAGGGAUGUGAUGCUUGAGACCUAUAGCAAUCUGCUUUCCUUGGGAUACUACAUUAGCAAGCCUGAUGUGACCUUGGGACAUGCAGCAAUGCCAUGGACAGUGGAAAAACCUGUAAACAAGCAAGUUUCAGAUGCCCAUAGAAAGAGUGAACUAGUUGGAAAUCAGAAAAGUCAAGAAAUAAAUUUAAGGAAAGUUGUAAUCACCAAGUCAAGUUUAAAUUUACAGAAGAGAGUUCACACAGAUGUGAAACUUUAUGAAUGUAAAGACUGUGGGAAAGCCUUUUGUGACAAGUUAUUUUUCAGUAUGUAUCAGGGAAAUCACACAGGAAUGAGACCAAAUGAGUGUACAAAGUGUGCAAAAGUUUUUUGUCAUCACUCAGAUCUAAUCACACAUCAAAGAAUUCACACAGGGGAGAAACCUUAUGAAUGUAAAGAGUGUGUCAUAGCGUUUUGCCAGCCAUCACACUUAAGCAAACAUCGGAUAAUUCACAGAGGAAAGAAAUCUCAUGAAUGUGGAGAGUGCGGAAAAGUCUUCGGUUACAAGUCAGUUCUCAGUGCACAUCAGAGAAUUCACACAGGGGAGAAACCUUUCAAAUGCAAAGAAUGCGGAAAAGCAUUUUCGCAGCAAGCAACACUAAACAAACAUCUGAGAAUUCACACAGGGGAGAAAUCCUAUGAAUGCAAAGAGUGUGGAAAAGCCUUUUAUGGUAAAUCAUCUCUCAUUAAGCAUCAGAGAAUUCAUGGUGUGGAGAUACCUUUUAAAUGUAAAGACUGUGGAAAACCCUUUCCUACUAAUUCAUCUCUCGUUACACAUCAGAGAAUUCACAAAGGGGAGAAACCAUUUAAAUGUACGGAGUGUGGAAGAGCAUUUUGCCAGCAAUCAAACCUAACCAAACAUCAGAGAAUUCACACAGGGGAGAAAUGCCAUGUAUGUAAAGAGUGUGGAAAAGCCUUUUCUGAUAAGUCCUACUUCGUUACACAUCUGAGAAUUCACACAGGGGAGAAACCAUUUAAAUGUAAGGAGUGUGGAAAUGCCUUUUAUAGAAAAUCGGCUCUCAUUAAACAUCAGAAAAUUCACACAGGGGUGAAACCUUUUAAAUGUGAAGAAUGUGGAAAGGCCUUUUAUGAUAGGUCAUCUCUCAUCAUACAUCAGAGAAUCCACGCAAAGGAAAAACCUUUCGAGUGUAACAAGUGCAGAAAAGCAUUUUCCCAUCAGUUACUACUAAGCAAACAUAUGAUUAUUCACACAAGGAAGAGAUCCCAUGGAUGUGAGAAAUGUGGCAAAUCCUUUUAUGGCAAGUCAUCUCUCAUUAAACAUCAGAGGAUUCAUACAGGCAAAAAAUCUCAUGAAUGUGAAGAGUGUGGAAAAGCCUUUUAUGAUAAGUCACAUCUCAUAAAACAUCAGGGAAUUCACACAGGGAAUAAACCUUUUCAAUGUAAACAGUGUGGAAAAGGCGUUUGUUAUAAAUCAUCUCUCAUUGCACAUCAGAGAAUUCACACAGGGGAGAAACCUUUCAAAUGUAAAGAGUGUGGAAAAGCAUUUUCACACCAAUCAACACUAACCAAACAUCUGAGAAUUCACACACGUAAGAAGUCCUUUCAAUGUAAAGAGUGUGGAAAAGGCUUUUAUGAUAAUUUGUAUCUCAUUAAACAUCAGAGAAUUCACACAGGUGAGAAGCUUUUUAAAUGUAAACAGUGUGGAAAUGGCUUUCCUACUAAGUCAUCUCUCAUUGCACAUCAGAGAAUUCACACAAGGGAGAAACUUUUUAAAUGCAUAGAAUGUGGAAAAACAUUUUGCCAGCAGUCACAACUAAACAAGCAUUUGAUGAUUCACACAAGGGAGAAACCUUUUAAAUGUACAGAGUGUGGAAGAGCAUUUUGUCGGGAGUCAGCACUAACCAAACAUCUGAUGAUUCACACAGGGGAGAAACCAUUUAAAUGUACAGAGUGUGGAAAGGCAUUUUGUCGGCAGUCAGCAGUAACCAAACAUCUGAUGAUUCACACAGGGGAGAAACCAUUUAAAUGUACAGAGUGUGGAAAGGCAUUUUAUGAUAAGUCAUAUCUCACUGUACAUCUGAGAAUUCACACAGGAGAGAAACCUUUUCAAUGUAAAGACUGUGGAAAAGCCUUUUACAGAAAAUCGUUUCUCAUUAGACAUCAGAGGAUUCACACAGGGGAGAAACCUUUUAAAUGUGAAGAAUGUGGAAAAACCUUUCGUGAUAAGUCAAGUCUCCGUAGACAUGAGGCAAUUCACACAGGGAUGAGACCAUAUGAGUGUACAAAGUGUGGGAAAGCUUUUGGCCACCUUGCACACGUAAUGAUACAUGAAAGGAUUCACACAGGAGAGAAACCUUAUGAAUGUAAACAGUGUGGAGCAGCAUUUGGCCGGUUAUCACACCUAAGCAGACAUCAGAGAAUUCACAGCGGUAAGAAAUCUCAUGAAUGUGAACAAUGUGGAAAAGCCUUUUAUGAUAACUCAUCUCUCAUUAGGCACCAGAAAAUUCACAUGGGAGAAACCUUUUAAAUGUAAAGAAUGUGGAAAAAUCUUUACAUGUCAUCUCUUAUGGAACAUCAAAAUUCACACAGGGGAAGAACUAGUAAAGAGUGUUGAAAUUCUUUUUUGAUAAGCCAUGUUUCAUUAGACAUGAGAGAAUUCACACAAGGUAGAAGCUUUAUAAAUGUACAGUGUAGAAAAGUAUUUUAGCAGCAGCCACACAUAAGCAAAUAUCUGAUAAUUCACAGUACAGAAAUCCCAAGUAUAUAAAGUAUGUGGAAACCCGCUUUAUUAUAAGUCAUUUCAUU